GGUCAUUUCUCUUUAUAAUCACUGUUAGCUUCCCUGAAUUCUAGGGUUUCAUGGAUCUCUAGCACCAUUUCCCCUCCAAAGGGAUAACUCAAAAAGAUUUAAUCUUUCAAACAUCUCAUGGUCAUUACUUGAGUUUCUUUCUUCACCCCAACCCCAUUAUCUGGAGCUUUCCAAUUUCUCACUGGAGAUUUUGGUGUUUUCGAAGGUCCCGGAGAUGGAGGAGGCCAAGAAACCUGAAACUCAUAUGACAUCAGCUGCAGCUUUUGUGGAAGGAGGAAUUCAGGAUUCCUGUGAAGAUGCUUGCAGCAUUUGCUUUGAGGAAUUCUCUGAAAGUGAUCCUUCAACAGUGACUAAUUGCAAGCAUGAGUAUCACCUCCAGUGCAUCCUUGAAUGGUGCCAGAGAAGCUCUCAGUGUCCCAUGUGUUUGCAAUCUAUCAGUCUGAAGGAUCCCACAAGUCAAGAAUUGCUUGAGGCAGUAGAACGGGAGAGGAACUUAAGGGCUGCUCCAUCUAGAAAUGCCACUAUAUUUCAUCAUCCUACACUAGGAGAUUUUGAAUUGCAGCAUCUACCGGUUGGUGAAAGUGAUUCUGAUCUUGAAGGGCGUAUAAUCCAGCACUUGGCUGCUGCUGCUGCUGCUAUGGGAAGGACCCACCACUUUGGUAGAAGGGAAGUCCCAAGGAAUAGCCAAUCUUCCCAUGGUCGUCCACACUUUUUGGUAGGGGGGGAAAACGAACUGGCUGCAGUUGCUGUAGCUAGUCCAUCAGCUCCAAUUACAUUUUGUGGGAAUGAACUGCCAGAGCAAGCCCUACAAUUUUCUUCUGCUGUAACAGACCAAAUUUCAUCUGCAUCUGGAUCUACAAUCAUGCAUGCAAAUCGUCAAGUAAUGUCCUUUAAUAAUUGUACUGCUAGCCAUUCUUUAUCGCCAAAUCAAGACAGAGGAGGACCAUCUGAAUUUCAGUCAUUUUCAGAGUCUUUAAAAUCUAGACUUAAUGCAGUGUCAAUGAGAUACAAAGAAUCUAUUUGAAGAAGUACAAGAGGGUGGAAGGAGAGGCUGUUCUCUCGUAACAGUUGUAUGUCAGAUCUUGGUUCUGAAGUCCGGAGAGAAGUGAAUGCUGGAAUUGCAUGUGUAUCUUGUAUGAUGGAUCGUCUUGAAACCAGAGAUAAUAGCAGAGCUAACCGAGUCUCUGUACCAACUCAUUCAACUGAUUAUUCAGUUGCCGAAGGUAGCAACCAGAAUAAUGCCAACACUCACAGACACAGCCGUAUAAAUGAAAGCAAUACACCGGCUUCUUGUGCUGCAAGCUCAGCUUCUACUUAAAGUUGUUAUUGAUUGUUUUGGGGUGUCUGUCCUCAGCAUUUCAUCUUUGAAGUUGUGUGAUGAUGUUAGUGCCACCAUAUUUGGGUUUUUCUUUCCUCUUUUUUUUUUUCUUUUUUUUUUUUUUUAAUACACCAGUAAGUUCAAUUAGUAGAGCCUAUUAUAGCAGCAAUUAUAACAUGUGCCGAGUUGAAUACAUAUAGAAAGUAUACUUGACUGAGGACGUAGAUGCAAACGCCCAAGUGCCCAAAAUGAAUAGCCAUGUUGAUGCUCACGCUGUUUCUUAGGCUGUUCUGUUAAUAUUAUUCAGUUCCACAUGUUCUGGGAUGCAGCAAAUAUUAUUGGACUAAUUUGUGUCUGUUACCUGUUCAUUUAUUAUGAAGAAUCUUUGAAACGACAUGCAUACUUGAUGAGAACCUUUCUAAGCCUCCUCAGGCCAAUAAACAUUCUGUUGUUUCAUUGUGUUGGAAGGCUGUUUUGCAUAGUUUGAUACUUUACAGGACAUGGAUACUAGGUUUGGAUUUUUCAGGUUGUAAAUUCUCCAAAUAUGACAUGCUGAGGAAAGGAUGCCUGCUAUUAUAGGCCAGGGGGAGAUCAUUCUCCUGAAACUGAAUAAAAGAGGUAACACAAAAUAAUGAGAGAUUCCAUCUGCGUAAAUUUAUGGAUGGGUUAUCUAUGUAAAUUUGUUUAUGACACCCAGAUUUGUUUCCCAGACAUAAAAAUUGAUUAAAAAAAAUGACAUCUGCACAAAAACAUGCAUUUGGACUAUGGAUGGUUUGAUUGUGGCGUGGUUUGAAUGGUAAUAUAUCUGAUCUCUUUUAUUGAAA